AUGAUUGUAUAUUUUGGACUCUUCUUUUUGUUACCAGUUAUAGCUGCAGAUGCUGUCACUUCUCGCUUCAGAUCGUUGUCAGGGAUGAUGAAAGACAUUGCUUUAGACAAAUUUGUGGCCUCGGAAUUUGACUAUGAUCUUUUUUUGCAAAGAGUCGAUCACAAUGCGGAAAAGAUGGUGCCAUUUCAGGAUUCAAGCAAUGACACUUACUUCAAAGUUGGAGUAAUUGAUCGUCGCUCUUUGGAUAAUUACACGAAAAAUGAGUUCGUUCGAGAGAUGAGUGAUUUACGAAAGAAACCAUGGAUCCCAGUGAAGAGAAUCAAAGAAGAACUCACAAAUUGCAUUCACAUGAAAUAUGGGAGCGUUUCAGAGAAUGAUUUCACGUAUGAUAAAGGUGUUUAUGGAUGGAUGAACGUAAUGAAAUUCUCGUGUGCUCUAGUUGGAGAACAUUUUUACGCAUUUGGGAUGGCUUUUGCAAGGACGAGAUUUCGGCUGAAACAGAUUUAUCUGAAGCGACAAAAUCAUCAUUUAUGGUCAAUGUCUGGUCGAAGUCUCAUCACACGGGAUGUUCAAAAGAUCGUUGACGUUUUCUCAAGGAGAUUUGCAAACACCGCACAAAAGCGAUUCGAUUCCGAGUUACGAAAAAUCUCGGAAAGUGUGCCUGAUUUUGAUGGUAAUGCCUUCAUCAAAUUAAGUGAUCGAAUAAGAAACCGUAUCUCUCAACUCUACCCAAAAAAGUUCAAUCAUACUUCAAUGGAAAGGAGUAAAGUGCAUCAAUUCAACUCAAUGACUGUUAAUGUGAAAUCUCGUGUUAUGUUGAUUAAACCAACUGAAGUCUCGAGUGUUGUUGAGAAUUUUUCAAAAGAUCUCUCUGAUGAGGCUUGUGAGAUUUUAGAUGAUUGUCGGAAAGAGUUUUGCAAGAGAAAUGAUACCGUGGAGUACGACUAUAAUGGAAAGGUGGCACUGCAUUCGUUCUUCAAGGAAAGAGCUGGGAUAGCGAGGUUGAAUCCGCAAGAGUCUCUGAUGAUCUACACAAUUGCCAAGCCGACUUUCAAGUUCGAGAUCGUGAAACGAGCCACUGCGAAAGGGAUUGUGGAUCACUCGCAGAAAUAUGACCACGCAGCCGAUCAAAUCUUCAAAGAAAUGCUGAAUCAACAAUUCUCACAUGAAUUUCACAUGCAUCACGGGACAAUGCUUGACGAA